CUCUUCCUCUUCGAUUCCACCACUACCACCACCUCAAUCUACGACCAUGGCUGUUUCUGCUACAUUGGAGUCGGGAUUCCCUCUUUCUCAGCCCAUGAUCUGGCCUUUCUCGUCUUCUGUAAGAGCUUCGUCCUCUUUGGGCAUGGAAUCUAGACGUGACCCGCUUGGAGAGAGCUCGAUUGUCGCUGGUUUAUCGUCUUCGUCUUCGUCUUCUUCUGCUUUUCCUUCUACAAAGAUUGAAGAGUCUUCUGCAUUGAAUCAGUCUGCUCCUAUGGUUAAGGAUUCUAAAGGGGCUUUUUCUGGAGUAGGUCUUACAUUGGUGACGACUGGUGAGAGGGAGAGAGAAUUUUUUGGGGUUCCUCAACCCCUUGAAUCCCUUCAAGGGAGUCCCAUUCCUCCAUUCCUUUCCAAGACUUACGAUUUGAUUGAAGACCGGUCUCUGGAUCCAAUUAUAUCGUGGGGUUCGAGCGGUGAGACUUUCGUGGUUUGGGACCCUAUGGAGUUUGCGAGGGUCAUCCUUCCCCGGACUUUCAAGCACAACAAUUUCUCCAGUUUUGUCCGGCAGCUCAAUACUUAUGGAUUCCGCAAAAUCGGCACUGAUCGCUGGGAGUUUGCCAAUGAAGAAUUCAUACGGGGUAAGAGGCAUUUAUUGAAGAACAUCCAUAGGCGCAAGUCCUCUCAGUCGCAUCAGAUUGGCAGCUAUUCCGAGUCUUCUGUUGAAGCAGGGAAAUCUGGAAUGGAAAAUGAAUUAGAGAGGUUGAGGAGUGAGAAGAAUUUGAUGAUGCAGGAAGUUGUAACACUGCAGCAGGAGCACUGUGGAACAUCUCAGCGGCUAGAGGCAAUGAAGCAGAGGCUCCAGACAGCAGAGCAGAGACAAAAGCAGAUGGUCUCAUUUUUGGCAAAAUUGCUUCAGAAUCCAGCAUUCUUAGCUCGUCUUCAGAAAAAGGCAGAACGGAAAGAGAUCGGUUCUCCUAGGGUCAUAAGGAAAUUCAUCAAGCAGCAACAGCAGCAACCAGACCAUGUUAAAUCUGAUUCCCCCAUGGAAGGGCAGAUGGUGAAGUAUAAUCCUGAUUGGAGUAGCAUUACAUCUUUGGGAACACAAGAAUUAGAACCAGUUGUGUAUAAGCAACUUCCUGAUUAUAUCUUAGAAGAUAUGGUGGGGAAACUAGAUUUUGGUGCAUCAGGCUUGCAGGUUCAAAUUGAAAAUGUCACUUCUACUGAAAUGCAGCAAGACCUCAUUGGGCCCUCAGAUCAGAUGAGGGUGGUGGCAUUGGACUCGGGACCUAGCGGACUAGAGGGCAAAGGAAAGAAUGUGGUGAGCCCCCAACCUGAAGUUAGCCCUGAAUAUGAUGUAUCUUUCUUAGAGGAUUUGGCUCGGGAAAAGACAUUUCCAGGCUAUGCAUUCCCAGGAGCCGAGACCAUGAUGAGACUGGAGGAUAUAUGGAGCAUGGGUUUUGAUGCCAGUGGUGUUGCAUCUAGUUCUAGCCUUGAUGUCUGGGAUAAUCUUGCUAACUACAAUGUACAACAUUCGGGAGUCCCUGGUGGGUCCUCAGAUCUCUGGGACCUGAGUUCACAGCAAGCAGGGGGAGUUUCAGGAAUUGACAAGUGGCUGGGUGAUGAGUCUGCUUUGGAUGAUUUUGACAGGAAGGAUGAAGAGCUAAAAAAAGAUACUUCUAGGAGUACAGAUCUUUAGGGUUUCAAUUGCUUUGGCACUUGCUUCCCUUAUGGAUCCACAUAUUAUUUUUUCCCUUAUAAGUUUGAGCUAUCCGUUAUCAUAUAUACUUAUUUUUCUUGUUCUGUUCUUUUAUUUAUUUGUUUGUUCAUCCCUUCCUAGGCAUGCAUUCUUUUAAUACUCUUGGUUCUGCUAAUAAAUGUGAAAUACUUUUCUUUUUGUUUUGGUGGGGGGUAUUGGGCAGGUGGGGGUGUUGACUUAGAUAGUGGAUUUUGCUCAUUGAGUGAAUUUUUUCUUUCAUGAGCC